AUAAGUCGGAAGGGGACAGGGUGAGAGAAGAUCAUGGGGAGGAGAGGGCUUCCAACGAUGCAGGACGGCAGUGUCAGCAGGGGGUAAACCGGAGAAAGUGUAAUUGAAUGAUGAAAACUUUCCUCCUUUUUAUUAGUUUCUGACUCCGCUCUUCUCCCCCCUUCCUCCUCCUCUUCUUUUUUCUUCCCCUCCUUCCCAUCCCCUCUUUUGCUCCCUUCUCCGACGUUACUCACAUUCAUUCCCUUCUUCCUCCAUUUUCCGUAUCACGAUAUCCCUCAUUCCCCCUUCUCUCUCUCUCUCUCUCCUCUCCGUCAGGAUUUGUAUUAUUUUUUCGCCGCAGUAUUUUCUACGAUUCCUGUAGCCAUUACAACUAUAGGAGCUACGGGCAUUGAUCUAUUAGAGAGAGAAAGUGCGAGGAAGGGUGGCGAUAGAGGAGAUCUGAAGCCGAGGGAACGAGGCCCAGAUGUCACGAGCCGGCGAGACGGGCCGGCCAGACCAUAGGAUUGGCUCGGACUCGGGGGCACCUGGCCGGCUCGACCCCGUUGCCGACCGGUUCAAGACGGUGCUCGCCUUGGAGGAGAACAAGCCCGACUUCCCCGAUCUCGGCUCCCCCGUCUCCCCUCUCGGCCAACACGCCUCCACCCAAACCAGCAGCUGCUCCAGUUCCUCCGGCUCGGCCGGCAAGGCCGUGCCGACCGCAGCCAUCGUCGCUCGGAAGCCUGGCGCGGGAGCCCCCGACGCCGGGCGGCUGUGCCACUCCGGCGAGCUCUUCGUGGAGUCCAGCCCGACCGCUGCGGAUGGACGGGAUCUGAAGACGGCCACCCACCGGCGAUCGGGCUCGGGGCCGCUGAUCUUCUCCGGCGGCAGCGGCGGCGGUGGUAGCAGCAGCACGGCUAGCUCUCCCGUCAUCAAUGCGCUUCCGACCGGAAACAUCUGCCCCUCGGGGAAGAUCGGCAAGACGGGGAUGAUGCAUAGGACGUCGCCCAGGAGCGAUGUGCUCGGGUCCGGCACCGGGAACUACGGCCACGGCAGCAUAAUUCGUGGCGGGAUGGGCGGAGGCGGUGGUGUUGCCUCAAGACCCGGUGGCGUUGUUGGAAUAUGGAAUUCAGGGGGUUCGAAUGCUAGAAUGGCGACGGGGAGAAUGGAUCCUCUGGAAGCAACUAGGGCUGGGAACGAGCACUACAAGAAGGGGCAGUAUGGGGAAGCGCUGGCGUUCUAUGACAAGGCGGUCGCGAUGUGCCCGGAAAAUGCCGCAUGUCGGGGUAAUCGUGCGGCGGCCCUGAUGGGGCUCGGCAGGUUAGAAGAGGCGGCGAGAGAGUGUGAGGAGGCCGUCCGGUUGGAUCCAACGAACGGCCGGGCUCACCAGCGGCUGGCAUGCCUAAAAUUAAGGUUAGGGCUAGUUGAGGAUGCAAGGAAGCAUCACUUCUUGGCCGGACAGCCUCCUGACCCAGUUGAGUUGCAGAAGCUGCAAUCGGUGGAGAGGCACUGGCUAAAAUGUGGCGAUGCCAGGAAGGUUGGAGAUUGGAAGAGUGUGUUGAGGGAAGCUGAUGCUGCAAUUGCUGCAGGAGCAGACUCUUCUCCGCUGCUUGUUGCAUCGAGAGCAGAAGCUCUUUUCCAUCUCCAUCAGCUUGACGAGGCUGAUUCGAUUUUAACAAGAUCACUAAAAUUUGAAGACUCGUUCUCUUUCUUCUCAGCUGCCAAGAUCUUUGGUAUGCUUUCGCAUUCCUAUUUCUACAUUGUUAAAGCACAGGUUGAUAUGGCUUUGGGGAGGUUUGAGAAUGCAGUCAUGGCAGCAGAAAAGGCCAAGCAGAUGGAUGGCAGGAAUAUAGGAGUGACAACGGUCCUGAAUAAUAUAAGAUCAGUGGCAAGAGCUCGAGCUCAAGGAAAUGAGCUCUUCAAGUCAGGAAACUUUGCAGAGGCCUGCACAGCUUAUGGGGAAGGACUCAAGUAUGAUCCUUCAAAUCCAGUCCUCCUAUGCAACAGAGCAGCUUGCCGCUCUAAGCUUGGGCAGUGGGUUAAAUCUGUUGAGGACUGCAAUGAAGCCCUCAGAAUCCAACCCAACUACACCAAGGCUCUUCUCAGAAGGGCUGAUUCCUAUGCCAAGCUUGAGCGUUGGUCUGAAUCAGUACGAGAUUAUGAAGUUCUGAGGAAGGAGCUUCCCGGUGACAACGAGGUGGCUGAAGCCUUAUUCCAUGCUCAGAUUGCAUUAAAAACAUCUCGUGGUGAGGAGAUCUCUAAUUUGAAGUUUGGAGGAGAAGUUGAGGAGGUUACUAGCGCAGAACAAUUCCGAGCAGCAGUAUCAUUACCUGGUGCUUCUGUUGUUUAUUUCAUGACUUCUUCGAAUCUGCAAUGCAUUCAGAUAACCCCUUUUGUUGAUGCGCUCUGUACCCGGUACCCAUCUGCAAACUUUCUCAAGGUUGAUGUCAAGCGGAGCCCUGGUAUUGCGGUGGCAGAAAAUGUGAGGGUAGUCCCAACUUUUAAGAUCUACAAGAAUGGGAAAAGAGUGAAGGAGAUGAUCUGCCCAAGCCAGCAGGUGUUGGAGAACUCGGUGAGGCACUACAGUCUUUAAGAAGAAACAAGUGGUUGUUGUGAUACAUCCUGGCAAGCCACCGGCUUUCUUUUUUUAUACAAAUGUCAGCUCCCAUUAAACCAGCGACUGAGCUACAAAAUAAUUGAUUGUGCCAAAGCAUGAACUGGAGUCAAAAGAAAAAGAGCCCAUUUUUCUCCAUUUACUUGUACAUUUUUGGUCCCUCGGCCUCCUCAUGUAUUCUUUCCCUUCAUUUGCGGCGCUCCAGUAUCAUCAAUCAAAUGUCCCGAGCAACCAUUAUCUUCCUGAGAAGCUUGAUUGUACUAUUAAUUCAGUUCGGAGGCUGGUUCGGAUUUAUUGCAUGUAUAUAUUCCAUAUAUCUGAAAAGAAAGAAAGAAA